AUGGCUUCAAACUCUGCAACAGAUUCAUCAUCAUCGGCAAAAGAUAAAAUUGUUUGGUAUUUUGCUUUUGGUGCUAAUAUGGCAUCUAAAGUUCUUAUUGGAAGAAGACAGGUACAACCAAUCGAGUCCUAUCCUUGCAUUGUUAAUGGAUAUGACCUUCAAUUUGAUAUGAAGGGUCUUCCUUACUUUGAACCUGCUUUUGCUUCAAUUUCAAAAUCGGAGAAGGCUAUUGGAUCGAUUGGUUAUUGUCAUGGUGUUGUGCAUAAAAUUACGAGAGAACAAAUGGAUCAUAUUAGAAGAACAGAGGGAGGAAAUGGACAUGAUGAUUUGGGAUAUAGAGAAAUUAUUGUUCAGGCUCAGAUUUAUGAACCAUUCUAUCCGAAUGAUGGUUUUGUAGAUAAGUAUAGAAAGGCAUCUGAGGAUGCUUCAUGGUUUGGACAAACUAUUGAUGCAAUUGCAUUGCAAGCAGUUCAACCGGAUAUUGUUGAUGCAUUGCCAAGUGCUAGAUAUUUGAAUAUUUUGAGAGAGGGAGCUAGAGAGUAUGGUGUUGCAAAGGUUUGGCAAGAUCAUUUGAAUUUAAUUUUGGAACCUUAUAACCCUGUGGGUGGUCUUUCAUUGAGAAAUGCAGGACGAUUCUCAUUUGCUGCAUGCAUUAUUCCACUAUUUAUUUUCCCUGCAUUGGUCAUGAUUGUGACACAUUUAUCCAAAAUGAAACCUCCAUACAUUGCAGCUCUCUAUUUUAAAUUCACCUCAACCUUAUUGUGGAUUCUUCAUGAUAACAUUUGGUCAAAACUCUUUGGAAGUGGAAAGAAUAAUCAAGACCUUAAAGACAAUAAGAAGAAUUAA